AUGAACAUCAACAAAGAUACACAAUCACAAUACUUCAUUGGGGUUGAUGUUGGCUCAGCAAGUGUUAGGGCAGGACUCUUUGAUGACCAAGGCCAGAGGUUAUCAUUUGCAGUAAAUGAUAUCCAGGUGUUUAGAGGCGUGCACUCACAUGAUGUAGUGGAGCAAUCAUCACAGGACAUUUGGAAUGCAGUAUGUCGAUCUGUUAAGCAGGUCUUACAACAAGCUCCUCCACAUGUCCCAGCCACAUCUAUCAAAGGCUUGGGAUUCGAUGCCACUUGCUCGAUGGUCGUGAUCGAUCACAAUGGACAACCACUCAAUGUCUCACCAAGACCAACAAUGGACAACAACACAAAUACAUUGCAUGACAUCAUCAUGUGGAUGGACCAUCGGGCGACCAAAGAGACAUCGCUCAUCAACUCGACCAAGGAUCCAGCUUUGAUGUAUGUUGGAGGCGAAGUCAGCGUGGAGAUGGAGCUUCCAAAGGCAUUGUGGCUCAAGAACAACCUGCCUCAGACAUACAAAGAUGCUUGGCGUUUGUUUGACCUUUCUGAUUACUUGGUGUGGCGCGCCACCGGAGUUGAUGCGGUCGGUAUCUGUACAUUAUCAUGCAAGUGGAACUACCUGUCUCAUGAAGGACGCUUCAGUGAGACGUUACUGCGAGCUGUGGACUUGGAAGAUAUACUGGACAAGAUACCAACAAAGGUCAUCGGCGUUGGACAGCCUGUUGGAACAUUGAGCAGAGGAGCAGCACAUGAGCUUGGUCUAUCGGAGGAGGUUGUUGUCGCGAGUGGACUGAUCGACGCACAUGCUGGAGGACUGGCCAUGAUCGGUCAGUCGCCCGACUCAAGCCUCGCCCUCAUCUCUGGCACGUCUAAUUGCCACAUGUUGGUGUCACGCGAUCCUUUGAUGGUACCAGGCGUCUGGGGACCAUACUUGAGUGCCAUGAUCCCUGAUCUAUGGCUGAGCGAGGGAGAUCAUCAUCAUGGCAACAGAAGUCCUCAUUCAAAUCCACACUCGCGAGCAGUUGUCAUGGGCCAGACCCUGGAGCAGGGCUGGCGAGCAUUGGCUCGAUUGUACCUGGCCACGCUCCAAUCAAUUGCCUAUGGCACUCGCCAGAUCAUCGAGGCUAUCGAACAAGCGGGUGGCACAGUGGGCAAGGUUGUGCUGUGUGGCGGCGCCAGCAAGAAUAGGAUAUGGAUGCGGGAGUAUGCCAACAUUACAAAUAGGGCAAUAGGAUUGAUGGUUGACGAGGAUGCCGUCACCCUUGGCGCGGCAAUUGUCGCAGCCGUCGCAUGUGGUUCGUACACCUCUAUACAGGAGGCUUGUUCGCGAAUGGCCAAACUUGGUGCGAGUGUGGAGCCCAAAACUACCAUCGCAACCAAGUCAUUCCAUGAUUUAAAGUAUCAGGUCUACCUGAAGAUGUACAACUACCAACUCGAAGUGAUGGAUACUAUUAAUAAACAUGAAUGCCACCCAUCAUAG